AGCCUUUCCGCAAACACGAUUCGCCAAUGCUGUAGCUUCCCUUUGCAGCCCCACCACGACUACCUACUGCACGCGAUUCCACUACACACGAAAAGACGAUAGACGAAUCGCUCAAAGCAGCUCUCUCGAGCUUGAAGUCACAGCAUAGGCCAGCCAUGGCCGUCAGAGGGUAUUCGCUUCGCGAUCGCCAGAUCUCCUCCCUGAAAAAGAUCCUCAACCUGAACGAAUCGGUCGAACAACGAGAAGAUGAGGAUUCCGUCGCCAAUGGACUUGCUCCGGCAGGCCCAAUCUUGACGGCAGAGGGCGAGCCAAUAUGGAAGGUCCUCGUUUUCGACGAUCUCGGUCGCGACGUCAUCAGCAGUGUCCUUCGAGUGAGCGACCUGCGAUCCAUGGGAGUUACCAUGCACAUGCACCUCUCGGCCUCGAGGCACCCCAUACCUGAUGUGCCAGUCAUAUACUUGCUCGAACCCACGCCAAAGAACCUCGAGGGUAUUACAAGCGACCUCCAGAAGAGUCUCUACUCUCCAGCGUAUAUCAACUUCACAUCGUCGAUACCCCGACCUCUCCUCGAGGACUUUGCGGCGCAAACAGCUACAGCUGGCACGUCUGAGCACAUCGCCCAGCUCUUUGAUCAGUACCUGAACUUCAUCGUCGCCGAGCCCGAUUUGUUCAGCUUGGGGAUGCAGAAGGAGAACACAUACUGGGCCCUGAACAGCGCCAAGACCAAGGACGAGGAACUGGAUCAUGUUGUGGACAAGAUUGUGAGCGGUCUCUUCAGCGUUGUGGUGACCAUGGGUGUCAUUCCCAUCAUACGUUGUCCGAAGGGUGCUGCCGCCGAGAUGAUCGCCGGAAAGCUAGACAGAAAGCUGCGCGACCACAUCCUCAACUCCAAGGACAACCUCUUCUCUUCGGGCACGAAAUCAGCUUCCUCCGCCGGGUCGACCGCCUCCCGUCCAGUGCUGAUCAUUCUCGACCGCAACGUCGAUCUUAACCCCAUGCUUUCUCAUUCAUGGACAUACCAAUCCCUCGUGCACGACGUCCUCAACAUGAAGUUGAACCGUAUCACCAUUGAAACUCCGGUAGACGAGGAGAAUCCCGCCAAGGGGGUGACGAAGAAGGCAUAUGACUUGGCUGCGACGGACUUCUUCUGGGAGAAGAAUGCUGGACUGGGCUUCCCACAGGCUGCCGAAGCUAUCGAUGCCGAGCUGACGCGGUAUACCCAAGAUGCCGCUGACAUAACCAAGAAGACCGGGGCUUCAUCUAUUGAAGAUCUGCAAAACGACACAAGUGCGAGUGCGCAACAUCUGAAGGCAGCAAUCACUCUUCUUCCUGAGUUACGCGAGAGGAAGGCAACUCUCGACAUGCACAUGAACAUCUUAGCCGCUCUGCUGACGGGCAUCAAGAACCGCCAGCUCGACAAUUACUACCAGAUGGAGGAAAACGUUAUGAAGCAGACCAAGGCACAAAUUCUCGAAGUCAUCAAGGACGAGGCCAAGGGGAACCAACCUCUCGAUAAGUUGCGUUUAUUCAUCAUUUGGUUCCUGAGCACAGAACAGGAAAUCAGCCGGGCAGAAUGGACGCAAUUCGAAGAGGCUCUCAAAGCUGCCGAUAUCGACAUCACAUCUUUAGCAUAUAUCAGACAGGUUCGCGCAACGACAAAGAUGUCUCAACUCACAGCAACCAACAAUCCAUCCCAGCCCACAGCCCAGCAAGGCAGUGAUCUCUUCGGACGUUUUUCCAGCCUGUCCAACCGCUUUGCCGACAGAGUCAAAGAUGCCGGCGUCACCAUCCCCAGCGGCUUCAACCUUGACUCUGUCACCGGCGCUUUCAAGAAUCUGAUACCGCAGAACAAGGACCUUACAAUAACCCAAAUCGUUGAGUCCAUCAUGGACCCUCAGACGGCGUCGCAGUCGGCCCUUGGCAAGACGGAGGGCUAUAUGUUCUUCGACCCGCGCAGCGCCAAUGCCAGGGGCACGAUGCCGCCUCCCAGCGCCCUCCGAGCAGGCACAGGUACCACACCGGGCAGCCUGCCGGGCACCCAGGGACCUGGGGCGGCCAGUUUUGGCCAGAGAAGGCAGGGCUACACCGAUUCCAUCGUGUUCGUUGUUGGGGGUGGCAGCAUGGAUGAAUACGGCAAUCUGCAAGAGUGGAUAUCGCGGACCAGUGGGGAAAGAGCCAGCAAGAAAAGGGCCAUCUACGGUGCUACAGAAAUUAUGAACGCAACUGAAUUCGUCAAGGGUCCCCUUGAAAGUCUUGGGCGCGAGAUGGGUAGUUAAGUAAAUAGGGGUUAUUCCAAUGGCAUCAUGAGUGUUACACCGUGAUAUGAUCCGUUUGACUCAACGGUGUAGUCAGGUCAUCCCAUGAUGGACCCUAACCGUCCAAUGUAGGAAUCGAUAGGGUUUUGGCUAGUGG